GACGUUUUUUUCUCCGCUGCCCCGCCUCCCCUCUCCUCUUCCCGUCAGCUCGAGACCAACGGAAACAGCAUAGGCCUUGUCCCGCUGAUCCACACGCGAGAAACGUAUCUAGGAGACAUACAUACAUUUGAUUUGUUACAACGUGUCUGGUAUUUGACUGUUUGCUAGAAUGGAAAUGUUCACCCAAAAUAUCCAUUUAUGAGAAAUCGACGUAAAUGGUCACUUUUCCUUUAAAUGUCCUCUGUUGUUCUGCAUAAUAUCCAGGAAGUGGGAGAGCAUUCCUCCCCAGCUGAUCCAGAGAGCCAGACGGAAGUCUCCUACUCAGAGGCUUUAACAUUCAGCGGUGACCAGACAAGGGGACCGUGUUAUUGGUAAAUAUCGUCUGGAAUUAAUCCCGUGGAUUAUCCGUGGGUGGUUUUAGUGGAGACACGGCCCGGUAUCCCCACCGCCUCUUGUCUUUCUCCCGGUCGGUCGGGUGGAUCUGCCGUGGUAGGACUGUCAUGAGCCCGGGCUGGGAAUGGCAUCCUCUCCCAGUGUUUGUAAGAAGGUCGGGCCGGUGGAGGAGGAGAACGGAGAACCGGAUCAUUCUCUACAAGAGAUGUUGAAGGCGAUAGCCGACGAACGGAACCGUCUUACUGUCAGACAAGAAACUAGUGGACUUGGGUGUUUUAAGGACGACCGCAUCGUGUUCUGGACAUGGAUGUUCUCCACGUACUUCAUGGAGAAGCUGUCGCCGCGGGAACAGGACGACAUGUUGUUUUACGUCCGCAGGAAGCUGUCAUACGUCAGCCCCGACCAAUCAGAGGGCAAGAAGGUAGAUGUGGAGGUGUACAGGAGAGACUCUAAGAAGCUUCCAGGUUUAGGAGAACCUGACAUCGACUGGGAGGAGAGUGUUUACCUGAAUCUGAUCUUAAUGAAG